AUGGAGCAGGUUGGAAAGGUGCGCAGCGCCACACAGGCGGCAGCAGCUCCCCUCGUUCAAAAGGCAUCGGAUGGGGUACGUGCGCUGCUGAAGCUGGUGAGCACCGGCGAGAGCAGCUACUUCAAGGAAGGCGACGUACAAGUCAGCCAGAUAAAGCAGCAGCUCUCUAGCGCCAACACAGAAACCAAGCUGGUAGGCCUGAGGCGGGCAAUCGCGGCAGAGGCGGCAUGCGGCUCUGCGGAGUUUGGGGAAGGUUCCUCCUCCUCGUCUCUAUUCUUCGCGGAUGUCUUGAAGAACCUCUCGACGUCAGACUUCGAGCUGAAACGGCUGGUGUAUCUCUACUUGGUGCAGCAUGCACAUGAGCACCCCGACCUAACGCUGCUGUCCAUCAACGGGUAUCAGAAGGACCUCUACAGCGCCUCGCAUGUGGUGAGGGCUGCCGCUCUGAAGUCUCUCUCCUCCCUCUCCAUGCUGGAAAUCGUCCAGCUGCUCGUAUCAAGCCUCAAACGGGCAGCGGCAGACACUUCGCCUCUUGUCAGGAAGACUGCGGCGCACGCGGCAGCCAAAAUUUACUACUUGGAUACAGAUCAGAGGGAAGAGACUGUCGGGGUCCUGCUACAGCUCUUGGGAGACGGAGAAAUAGCUGUCUUGGGUGCAGCUCUCAUCUCCUUUCGUCUUAUCUUCUUUCAGUCGCUGCUUGCGAAGCAGUCUUCUUCGGAGGCGCCAGGCUUCGACGGGGGACCUCUCGAGCGCCCUUCUUUUGGCAGGGAUGGCGAUGAGACUACAGGGAUUUUUUCUGCAGUGUCUCAACAGGAGGCCUUGGCUCUGUUGCACCCCUUCUACGGGCGGCUCGUUGCGGUUCUGCCGCAGCUACAACCAGCGCCUCAAGUUGUUGCCGUCGAUCUCUUGACGCGCUACUGCCGCUGCUUCUUCAGGCAGCCUAGGCCGCUUGAAGGAACUUCCGAGGAUACCUCGAACGAGCGAGGCGAGGGGUUGGACGUCGUCGUAGAGGCUUCUCCAGACGGCAGCAGUGCAGGCGCAAAGACGCAGCCGCAUCUCUCCUCCCUUUCCUUUUUGACGUCUAGGGGGAGCAGUCUCCAGAGACAGCUCGGAGAAGGGGGGCAGCCUCCCGAGGCAGGCGCGCGGGGGCCUCUUAAGAGACACUAUGGGCCUGUGCCAGAGGAUUUCGACCGAUUUCGUGGCUCGCUCGAGCUGUUACUUGUAAGCGACAGCGUUGCGGUCGUCGUGUCUGCGUGUGCAGCUAUCCAGUGCCUGUUUCCUUCGGCAUCAUGGGACUGUGUGGUGUUGCCGUUGUUGCGUUGUUUGUACACUUGCCCUGUGGACUUCAAGGAGCCUCUCUUGCGCGUGAUAGCGUCUUUUGUGUCGGUAUGUCCGCGGCUCUUUUAUCCUCACUUGCGAGAAUUCUACUUGAAACAGUCCGAUGCCUUCCCAGUUCGCCAGCAAAAGCUGUCCUUGCUGUAUUCUCUGGCGAUGGCAUAUCCCUCCUGCCUCGCUACGCUGCUGCCCGAACUCCGGGUGUACGUCCAUUGGGCUGGAGACGAGCAGUUGAGGACCUGUGUAUUCCGCUUGCUCACGUUGUUGGCGCUGAGACACAAACAGGCACAGGCCUACUGCAUGCGUCUCUUCGUGUCUCUGCUAGACUCCGGCUCCGCCGGUGUUGCAGCGGAGGCUGUCGUGGGAGUCCGCACGUUAGUGCAGCAGAAACAAGACGAGCAGGAUGCAGACACUCUGGCGCGCCUUGUGCUGCAUCUUGCUGCGCAGCUGUCUAAGAUUACAUCCCCUCCUGCGAGGGCCUCAGUGGUGUGGGUAGUGGGGAAGCACCACGCACAAGUCUCGUGGGUUGCUGCGGAUGCCCUUCGCCAGCUCACCAAGGGCUUCAUGGGGGAAGCUGAGGAGGUCAAGCUCCAAAUUCUGCUUCUUGCCACGAGACUGUGGGCGUUUCAUCUCCAGAAUAUGCGCGAGGGGCCUGUAGGGGCCGCUCGCGCAGAUUCAGAGGAGGCCUCAGUUGAGGAAGCCUCCCCGCAGCACCAGCAACAGAGCGGCGAGCAGCGUCUGAUCCCCCCCCCGACAAGGGAGCAGAGUAAGCAGCACUUCCCGCGUCUGGACGCCAUGCUGCGCUUUCUGCUCGAGAUGGCGGCUUACGAUCAAAGCCACGACGUGAGGGACGUGGCUCGGCUGUAUGUGGCUCUGACGUCUGCGCUCUCCCGGCCGGAAGUCGCCUUACCCGAGGGUCAGAGAGAUAUGCGCCGCUUCGCGAAUCAGUUCUUGCACAGCCUUUCCUCGUUUGCACCUCCACCGGGUGCCCCAGUCAGAGACCUAGGGAAGCAGCAAACGGAGGAGGGCCUCGCAACGCGGGAUGGGGGGGCCCCCCCCCUUUUAAGCCCGCCAUCAGGAGCCGACACUGAGUGGCCGUGGAGCUAUUUGUCCUUCCACACAGGCCUCGCUCUCCCUGGAGACAUCCCUCUCCCUGCGUUCGCUUCAGAGGAUUCGGCAGCGUCCUUGCGUCAGAGCCUAACUGAGGACGAAGCUCUGCGCCAGUCAUUUUUGUCGCUGGGUGUCAAACCCCCUCCACAGGGAGGCCCCUGUGCGAGCGGGCACAGUCUGACAACUCAGGGUCCCCGAUCUAUCUGCUCGGCCGACAUUAUUCGACAGGAGAACGCAGCCACGUUAAUGGGAAGGGCAGAUGGGGGCAAAACGCCUUUUACAGAGAUAGACCUGGAUUCUUUCUACGAGAACGACCCCCUUGCGGAUCUGGCACAUCUGAAUGGCACUUCCUCCGCUUCCGCCAACAGUACGGAGUGCACAGGCACCCGUUCUAGUGGCGUGUGCGCCGGGGAGGGGGGCCCCAGCGACUUGCAUCAUGAGGCCCUCUGGGCUGCAUUUGACGGCUCUGGGGAGGCAGGGGCAGACACGGGGAUGGGGGUGAUGCCCAGCAUCACGCCAGUUGGCGGCAUUGUGGCAGGAGAGGAUGACGAGAGCGAGGACUCUCGACAGCAGGAACUGCAAAGACAAGAUCAGCCGGAGCAGCGGGAGCAGCAACGGAAGAGCAAACAGGGG